AUGACAACGAUAACGACAUACACCGUACCGCCCUCGUUGGACGAGAAGUACCCUCUCGUGUACGACAGCCCUGUGCGGGUUGAGCAGCGCUACUACCCCGAGAGCGAAUCGAUCGAAGCCCCAGCCCCAGCACCAACGCAGGCAGCGCCGCAAGCCACUCAGAGCGCCCUGCUCCUCCACGGCAUCGGACAAGAGUAUACCCUCGUGACCGAUCAUGCCAUCCCGUCCAUCCUAGGGGAGGAGGAGAUCCUAGUCAAGCGACGCAGAGCGUAUAACUUCGGCAUUCCCGCUCUCCCCUGGAUCAACGGCCGCGACCUGGCCGGCGUGGUCGUCGCCGUGCGCGACCCCGCCCACCCGCGCAUCCGCGUCGGCGACCGCGUCCUCGUCCCCUCCACCGACUACCGGGACAUCCGCAAGGCCGCCUUCCAGCAGUACGCGGUCGCCACGCACUUCAACGCCGCCCGCAUCCCCGACCAGACGGGCGUGCACGUCAGCGCGUCGUUGGGGGUAGCGUUCGUGGCCUCGACGCUUGCCUUGGGCGUAUCUCUUGGCCUGGAUUUCUCGACGAUCGCCGCGUGUCCCGGCCCCAAUCUCGUGGAUGCCGUGCAGUCGAUCGAUACAGCAGAGAUUCCGGCCGACGUGCGGGAGGAGUGUUUCUCGGCGGUGCCGGCGCAGGAGCGCUUGCGGAGGGGCGAGUGGCUGGUUAUUUGGGGGGCAUCUACAACCACGGGGAUGAUCACCAUGCAACUAGCUAAACUAGCAGGUCUGAAGGUUAUCUGCAUCGCCGACGUCGCCCGCCAUGGGGCGCGCCUGCACGCGCUCGGGGCGGAUGUGCUGGUUGACCGGCACGACCCCGCCCGCGCGGUGGAGAUCAUCCGCGGCGUGACGGGGGACAAGCUGCGGUACGCGGUGGACAUCGUCGGGCGGGAGACGUCGACGCUGCUGCAGGAAGUGUUGGACGCCACCGUGCGCGAGGAUGGCUCGCAUGCGCAUCUGCUGGGGCUAACGGGGUUGCCCAAGGAGCGACGGGCCGGGAUCAAGUAUCAUACCGUGCCCAUCAAACUGUUCCAUUCGUCGGUCGGGGUCGGGGAGAAGAUGGUCGCGUGGUUGGAGGAAUUGCUGGCGUCGAACACCCUGCUGGGGCCGGAGGUGGUGCGCCAUGCCGGCGGGCUGGAGGGAGUCAACGCGGCGCUGGACACGCUGCGGCAGGGGAGUGUGUCGGGGAAGAGGAUCGUGGUGGACCUGGAGGAUUGA